CCAUAGUGGACGCUUCGUUUCGGAAGACGGUUGGGAGCGAGUGAAACUCGUUGCGUGCGAGGAAUUUGUACUCUCCAUACGGAGUCGUAAGGACGAGCAUACAGCCAUUCCUAAGCGUACGAUGGCAGGAGCCGAUUCACCAAACGUAAAACCAGAGCAGCAAAAUGUACCUGCAGAAAAUAGUAACGAUAAUCCACGAGAACGUAAUCCACCGGGAGGCGGUAAUCGCGGACCGCGUGGUCGAAAAGGUGGUACGCGUUUUUCUGGUGGACGCGGUGGUGGAAUGGGCGGAGGAAACAGAAACAACGAUGGUCCUAUGAAGAUGAGUGAUUCCAUGGAUGGUGGAAUGGACAACACAAUGUCUGAAGGAAUGGGUGGUGGCAUGGGAGGAGGAAUGGGAGGAGGAAUGGGAGGAGGAAUGGGAGGAGGUAUGGGCGGAGGAAUGGGUAUGGGACGAGGAGGUGGAAUGCGCGGAGGUAGAGGUGGUCGAGGAGGUGGCGACAGAAACAUGGGAAAUCGUUCACAAGAUGAUCGUUUAAUGGAACGUAUUAUGGCUAUCAGCGGACCAACUCAUGAAUUACCACCACAGGAAACUACAGAAAAAAAGUUUAGUGGACGUAAUCGUUUGUAUAUUGGAAACUUAACUAAUGAUGUUACAGAAGAAGAAAUUCAGCAGAUGUUUCAACAAUAUGGUGAAAUAUCCGAGCUUUUUGUCAAUAAGGAGAAGAAUUUCGCCUUCCUCAGAAUGGAUUAUAGGGUAAAUGCCGAGAAAGCGAAACAUGAAUUGGAUGGGACAAUGCGAAAAGGUCGUGCGCUUAAAGUACGUUUUGCUCCACAUUCAUCGACGAUUAAAAUUAAAAAUCUUACACCUUGGAUUUCAAAUGAGUUGCUUGAAAGGUCGUUUAGUGUUUUUGGUGAAAUCGAACGUGCAAUAGUUAUAGUAGACGAUAGAGGAAAAUCUACUGGUGAAGGCAUUGUCGAAUUCUGCAGGAAACCAUCUGCCCAACUUGCUCUACGAAAGUGUACAGAAGGCUGCUACUUCUUAACUGCUUCUUUGCGGCCAGUCGUUGUCGAACCAUUCGAACAACAAGAUGAUGUAGAUGGUUAUCCCGACAAAAAUUUGCCACGGAAGAAUCCAGAAUUUUUCAAGGCUCGCGAUAUCGGUCCAAGAUUUGCACAGUUAGGAAGCUUCGAACAUGAAUAUGGAACAAGGUGGAAACAACUCCACGAGCUGUAUAAACAGAAGGAAGAAGCGCUGAAGAGAGAAAUGGCAAUGGAAGAAGAAAAAUUGGAAGCACAGAUGGAGUUCGCACGUUAUGAGCAUGAAACGGAAUUGCUAAGAGAACAACUGCGUAUGCGUGAAGCUGACCGAGAGAGACAGAAAAGAGAAUGGGAAAUGAAAGAAAGACAAGCUGAAGAACAAAGGACACGUGAAGAGGAGCUACGAAGGAGACAGCAAGAAGAAAUGGCUAUGCGUAUCAGAAGACAAGAGGAAGAAUUGCACAGACGUCAACAAGAAAAUAAUUUGUUUAUGCAGGAACAAGCAAUAAGAGGAGGAGGAGGAGGUGGAGGUGGAGGUGGUGGCGGCGGCGGCGGCGGCGGUGGCGGUGGCGGCGGUGGAGGUGGCAUGGGAGGAAAAAAUUACGAUUCUGUUAGUAACAGUGAUCGGGAUGGAUAUGGUCAACCUGACGGUGGAAGCGGCAUGCCAGUGGACCCAAAGUCCUUCAUGGAUGCUUAUAACACUAUGGACCGUGGUAGUCGAGGGGGUGGUUACAAUGAUGAUCGUGGGCAGAUAAUGGAUUUGAUGGAUAUGAGGGUCGAUAUGGGUAACAUGGGUGGUGGCGGUCGUGGAGGUGGUGGUGGUAGUGGGCGUUGGCAAGGUGGCAAUGAUCGAAAUCGUCAGGACGAUUAUCCAAACAAGAGGAGACGCUACUAAAAAGAUGGCAGUAUUAUACAUUUAAAAAAAAAGAAACGAAAAGGAUUUAUAUUUUCCGGUAAUUCGCAUUAUAUUCUUCAGUCAUUUUUCCAUAAGGUUUUGCUAUGGAUCGCCUCUCACAUUUUUUAUGUCAUUGGGUGGGGAGGGAAAGAAUACCGGCGAGAAUGAGUGGGCAAAAGAAGGAUGAUUUGUGGUCAAGCGACUUUUUUUUUUAUAUCUUUCGUAUUAGAUCUGACGUCGGAAACAUCGUAAAUCAUUUGCCGACAAAGAGACUACUGUGUUUUAUGCAGUUUUUAUGUUAACAGAAUGUUAAUGGAAAAAAGUGAACUUGCGAGCGCAAUUAGUGCGAGAAAGAAAACGCCUCUUUCUGGUUAUUUAUAGUACUAAAUAGAUUUAUAUAUAUUGACGAAUUCUUUAGGUUUUUGGUAGAAUUUUUCUGUAGAAAUACGAGACCAAAAAAAAAAUUAACGCCGAAGAUCCGUUAAUGCUGACUAUUAACACUAUUAUAUAAAUAUUCAAUGACUCUUCUUAUUCAGUGUAUAAACCGUUACAUUCAACUCAUAUGCCCUCUUCCUUUUAUUUUUUAUUUUUUAGAGACUGUUCCUCUCUAAGAAAUAGAAACGCAUAGACAAGAAGAACUGAAUUCUAAGUUUACGGUACCCAUACUGUGAACGCUGUCAUGCUAAAAUAUAUGUAGAGGCGAAAGCAUAUUCAUUAUGUCAAUUAGUAUUUUAAUGAGAAAAAAAUCACACGGGCGGAGUAUUUUAUUUCGAGGAAAACAUGUGUAAAUAUUGAAAACGACGUAAUAUAUAUAUAUAUAUAUAUAUAUUAGUUUUUGUCAUUAAUUGUAUUGUCAUACUGUCGCUUUUCAUAAUUUAUCAAGUAUUUGAUCCGAUAGUAUCCCAGGAUACAAGUAUAAGUAUAUACUCUGAAUCGUACAAUUUGAUUUGUACUUUACAAGUACGAGGGGAUAAUUAGUGUGUAAGUGAGAAAAUGCGUUAAUAGAGACUGAAACCGAAGUCAGUCGUCCAAUAAUUUAUCAUUCUAUAAGGAGGAAAAGUUUUUCACAGGCACACCUGUGUUAAGGACAGUUUUUAGUAACCGCAGUAUCAAUAUUCGUAUGUACGUGUUUUUAAGCUUAAUUAAUUGGUGUGUGACUUCACCAUGAAAGAGAGUAUAAGAUAUAUACGAUCUUUUCAUUACUUAAAUCUUCAUAAAAGUAAUUAUGUUAGAGUAAGACGUAUACCAGCAAAACAAUCUGCAACUGUGCUACCCAAACUCUGUGAAGAAACUUCAUUGACAAGAAAGUAAUUUUAUGAAUAAAGGGCUACAUAUAUACAUA